CUUGCCCGGUUAAUUCUCACUCUGUAGCUAUCUCCUUCCUUCAUCCAUUUCCUGAACGAAACCAACUUCACUUUCCUUCCGCCAUUUGCAUUUCUCACUUUCUCUUCUGAAUGGGCACUGCACUGCACCUCUGCGUUAGUUUCAAUCCUGCUCAAGGUAGAAAAUGCAAGUACGAAGCCCAAUCAGUGAGAGCACUUCCUAUACGUAUAUUAUCAGUGGGGAAGAAGCGAUCACGUGGACUGCAACUCAUGGUUGAUGAGUAUGUGGAUAAGCUCAGGUACUAUUGCAGUGUUGAGGAUGUUCAAAUACGGCCAAAUCCUCAAAAUGCACGUGACCAAAGGGCUCAGGUUGAUGCCGAAGAUGAGGCAGUGAUGAACCUUAUAAGGUCUGAUGAUUGGGUUGUGAUGUUGGAUGAACGUGGGCAAGACAUUGGAUCUGAGCAAAUGGCAGAGUUGGUGGGUGAUGCAGGAAAUACUGGUGCUUCACGAUUAUCCUUUUGUAUUGGUGGGCCAUAUGGACAUGGAAGAAAAAUGAGGGAACGGGCUAACUUAUCAAUCAAGUUAUCCUCGCUGGUCUUAAAUCAUCAAAUAGCAUUACUUGUGCUCGUGGAACAGCUUUACAGGAUAAUGUAGUAAGACUUCGACUUGUACCAUACAUUGGUUGCUUAUUGUUGGCUUGCUUGCUUUUUUGAGUAAAUGAAGACUUUUGGGGAACAAGGAAAAGCCAAAACUUCAUAGAGCCACCUUUGGGCUUUUGCAUAGGAUAAACGAAUUCAAAUGGGCCCUAUCCCACUCACAAAUUAUAGGUUGUUGUUUCCUGCACCCUUUUCGCCUUUUCAGAUAGGCUAAUUCAAAAUGUAAAAUUACAUUCCUGAUUGGUUGCACCUCUUACAUUUCGGAUUGCCCAAUCUGGAAGGUAAAAAAAAAUCUGAAAAGGUGCGGGAAGCAAUUUUUGGGGGUGCAGGAAGACAGCCCAAUGUAUAACUUUUCUUUUCACUUGUAUGGAUGGUAAAAUCCCAAUUAAAUUGAUUCCAUUUAAUGACUCACAAAAUAAGGUAUGGUCUUCAUAAUUAUCUAAUAGAAUUGCCAUUUGAUCAUGUAUGUUCAUGAGACUAUUAGUUGUAAGUGGCUAACAAAUUUCAAUCU